AUGACGGAAACUAAAGAGAACUACGACUUAACACCAAGAGUAGCUCCCAACCUAGACAGACACCUUGUCUUCCCCAUCCUCGAGUUCCUUCAAGAGCGUCAGCUUUACCCCGAUGAGCAGAUCCUCAAGUUCAAGAUCGAGCUUUUGAACAAAACCAACAUGGUUGAUUACGCUAUGGAUAUUCACAAGAGUCUUUACCACACUGAAGAUGCUCCUCAAGAUAUGGUGGAGAGGAGAGCUGAGGUUGUGGCGAGGCUUAAGUCUCUGGAGGAGGCGGCAGCACCGCUCGUGACUUUUCUUUUGAACCCUGCUGCGGUUCAGGAGCUUAGGGCUGAUAAGCAGUAUAAUCUCCAGAUGUUGAAGGAACGUUACCAGAUUGGUCCGGACCAGAUUGAGGCGUUGUAUCAGUACGCCAAGUUUCAGUUUGAGUGUGGUAACUACUCUGGUGCUGCUGAUUACCUUUACCAGUACAGAACCCUUUGCUCUAACCUUGAGAGAAGUUUAAGCGCCUUGUGGGGAAAGCUUGCAUCUGAGAUAUUGAUGCAGAACUGGGACAUUGCAUUUGAAGAGCUUAACCGUGUUAAAGAUAUUAUUGACUCCAAGAGUUUUGCUUCGCCGUUAAACCAAGUGCAGAACAGGAUUUGGUUGAUGCAUUGGGGUCUUUACAUCUUUUUUAACCAUGAUAACGGAAGGACUCAAAUCAUUGAUCUUUUUAACCAAGACAAGUAUCUGAAUGCCAUACAAACUAGUGCUCCACACUUGCUGCGUUACUUGGCAACUGCUUUCAUUGUCAACAAAAGGAAAAGACCUCAACUGAAAGAGUUCAUCAAGGUCAUUCAACAAGAGCACUACUCCUACAAAGAUCCUAUUGUGGAGUUCCUGGCAUGUGUGUUUGUCAAUUAUGACUUUGAUGGAGCUCAAAAGAAGAUGAAAGAGUCUGAAGAGGAUUAG